UUCUAACCUCCUUGCAUCUGUCUACUUUGACGUAAAAAAUUUGUCGCCAAAAUAGUCAUCGGCGGUGACUCAUUGUGAUUGGUUGAAUGUCUAUAUUUUCUGUCGGGUUUUAGCCAAAGGCUUAGAGAUUCUUUGUUUUAGCCGCUCCUGAGCCUUUACUAGUUGAUCAUCGAGGUUGUAUUGCUACUUACUCUAAAAAUUUAUUUCGUUGGUUAUUGUGAAUGCUUGGAUUUGAUCAUGGAGAACAAAAACUGUAUAUUAACUGAUAUCGUACCACAGGAAGAAGAGAAACUUUAUGCAUGUGAUACAUGUAACAAAUCAUUUAAAGAUAAGAAGUGUUUACACAUGCAUUUGCUAUGCCACAUUGGAAAGAAACCUUAUAUGUGUGAAAUGUGUUACAAGUUCUUCCCGCAAGAGUGUGAUUUAGAGAAACAUAUGCUUUGGCAUGCAAAUAAAAAACUUAAUAUGUGUGAAAUUUGUAAGAAAACUUUUACACAGAAUCAUUCAUUAAAGGUACACAUGCUUUCACAUGCAGAGAAUAAGCCUUAUACCUGUGAUGUAUGUAAGAGACAGUUUGCGCGAACACGCGAUUUACAUGUGCAUGCUCUUACUCAUGCAGAAAAGAGGCCUCAUGCCUGUAAUAUGUGUGACAAGUCUUUUAUACGGAGAUAUAAUUUAGAAAGACAUAUAGUUACCCAUACAGGAGAAAAACCUUAUGUGUGUGAUAUUUGCGACAAGUCGUUUGGUCAGAAGACUUAUUUACGAUUGCAUGUAAAAGCUCAUGUGGGAGAUAAACCUUAUGUGUGUAAUAUAUGUGAUAAGUCAUUUACACAAAAGACAUAUUUACAGGUGCAUAUGCGUAUUCAUACGGGAGAGAGACCAUAUGUAUGCAGUAUAUGUAACAAGUCAUAUAUACAAAAGUAUCAUUUACAAAAACAUAUGUAUUCUCAUACAUCAGACUCUUUUGUUUGUGAUUUAUGUGAUAAGUUAUUUACGCAAAAGCGUGAUUUACAGUUACAUAAGCACAUCAUCCAUGCUGGAAAGAAACCUUACACAUGUGAUAUAUGUGAAAAACCUUUUGUACGAAAGUGUGCUUUACAGAUUCAUCUGCGCAUCCAUACUGGAGAAAAACCUCAUGUAUGUGAGAUAUGUAACAAAUCAUUUUCACAAGAUCGUACUUUGAAAGAGCAUGUACGUAUCCACACAGGAGAGAAACCGUAUGUGUGUGAUGUAUGUAGCAGGCCAUUUACGCAAAAGUGGAGUUUACAGAAGCAUGUUCUUAUUCAUACUGGAGAAAAACCACAUAGAUGUGAGAUAUGUAAUAAGUCAUUUGCACAAAAGAGUUCUUUACGACUUCAUAUGUGUAUGCAUACAGGAAAGAAACCAUAUGCAUGUGAUAUAUGCGAAAAGUCAUUUAUACGAAAGUGUAAGUUACAAGAACAUAUACUUAUCCACACAGAGGAAGAAUGUUACAUUAAGAAUGAGCCACAGGAAUGACCCAUAAAAACCUUUUAAAAGACGCUCAGAAAUACAACUUUUUUUUUAACCUUGAAGUUAUUUAAUGUCAUAUCAUAAAUGUUAUCAAUGAGGUAAUAAUAAGCUUUAUUAUUCAUUAACAUAAUUCUUUAAAGAAAAGUAACUCUUCCUUUAAUAAAUUCUAUUGCUGUACAAAUUCUGAUAUAUAACAUUAUAAUUCUGCAAAAUAAAAUUAACAGAGUUAGUAAGUAAAUGAUAUAAAAUUUAAUUUUUUUAAUUAAAUUCAAUUUAUUCUUAUGAAACAAAGCAUGAUUGCAUUAUGUGAUUUAUUGGAUAUAAUUUAAGGCUGUCUUAAUUUGAAAAAUUGGAUGACAUAGCAAGAUUUUAUACUUUUUAUAUAUAUUUUUAAAUAGAUUUACAUAUAAUUAACGAACAUUGUGCUAAUUAAAGACAGGAUGUAAUUUGAGUGUUUUUUGCAGGAAAAGGGCAUUAAAAUUAUUGAUGUAAUGAUUUGUUGUUAUACAAAAAAAUUUAGGUUGAUCUUUACAUUAUGGUAACUUAGCAUUUUUUUUGGCGAAAAUUUGGCGACCAACUCUCCUACAGCAACCCUCUAUUUUUUUUUCCCCGCCGCCAUUUUGUC